AUGUUGUCCGCCUUGCAAUGGUUUCAGAGCGCCAGGGACGAGCGGCAGCCGAGGAGCGUCUCGCCCACGUUGCCUGCGCCGAGUUGCCAUGCCACUUCUGGAUCCAGCGCCAUGGCAAGCGCCAAUAGCCCCAUGGCCCACGCCAAUGCCAACGCCGACGCCACCACCUUGGCCAGCUCCAGCGACCUCGCUGCCUAUUCCGCGGCCGUCGCCUCCACCCACGCCAAUGCCCACACCCAAGCUGACUCCAAGCCUGGCCUGUCGGCCUUCUCAUCAGAGUCGCAGACCCAGCCGCAGUCCCCGUCAUUGUCGCCUCAAGCGGAAACUACUCCUCCCGACCUUUUCUUCCCAAGAUCUUCCCAAAGCACCCGUGCCACAUCCGUCGUUAACGCCAGCGCCUACUCCUCGAGGCCGUCUCCCAUCGACACAUCCCCUUCAGACACGACUGUUUCUUCCACCUUGACCGACACCACUUCCAUCACUAAUCCAGACGAAAUCACUCACGCCACCGACGACUGCGACGCUUCAACCAUGACUUCGGGCGCCCUCGACGCUGGCGCCAUGGGCCGCAGCCGGCGGGACUCCUUCGUCAGCGCUGGCCCGAAACCCAUUUCCGUGAAUAACCAGAACCGAGAUAAUGUCAACCGCAACCGCCGAGAGUCUCUUGCUGGCAGUCUUAUGGGUGGCAUGAGCUGGGGUGGCAUGUCGUUUGGUAGUUUUGUUCGUGACGAUGUUAUGAUGCAGGGCACUUCGCCUAAUCCAUUUGGCGGCGGCAUUCCUCAGUCCUCUUCGUUUCAUUCAUCGUCUUACCUUCCAAAGUUGGAAGCCAAUUUCAUGAGAGACUUCACCUGUUGUGGCAAGAUUUUACCCAACCUGCACGACCUACUGCAACAUUACGAAGAAGCCCAUACUCAGGCCAGCUCCAAUAACUCGAGAAAUACUGCUUUUACCCAGUUUGGCAUGCAAGGCGCCUCCAAUAUGUCCAGUUCACGGACGACACCGACCGGGUCAAGUCAACCGGGUCCUUCACAACCGACCGGCCAACCACUUUCUCCUGGUUCAGGGCUUUCCAUGGGUGGCAUUGGGUCCGGCAUAAGUGGUGGUCAGAUGAAUCCUGCUUUGGCUACCAACCUUAAUGAGGAUAUGGAGGCUGUCGCGGAUAUGGAAAUGGACGAAACGAUCGGUACUAUGGAGCUGGAUGACAGCAAUAAGAUGCACCAGACAAGACAACUAUUUGGACAACAGCAGCGACCACAACUUAAUAUGAAUACCUCCGGGCUUACUCAGGGUCUUCGCACUUCCCAGCCACCUACGCCAGCUGCUGCUAGCUUUGGCCUCCAGAACAACCCGACCGUGUCCUCUGUCAACACUCCAACCCUUGCAACUACGCAACAGAUGCCUCAGCAUCCAAACCAACCAGCUGGAGACAUGGAUGACAUGGACGAGGACCUGCCCGGGAUGCCCAUGGGUGGCACUGGUUCGACUGAUCUCGGCGACGGAAACUUUGCAAACGGCAACGACUCCAACUUCUGCAUUAACGAUCCCGGCAAGCACCUAUUCAGCCCGAAUGGCGCUUUCCCCCAAGGCAAUCGGAGUAUUCAGGCCCAACUUGCUCAGCUCGGCCUGGCCCAGGGUCAAUUUGCAGACCCUCAAAGCAACAAAGUUCUCUUGCAAAGGCUUCAAAGUAUGAUGAUGCCCGAGGAACACAAACCGUUUAAAUGUCCAGUUAUUGGCUGCGAAAAAGCCUACAAGAACCAAAAUGGAUUAAAGUGGGUGUUUCACUCCAGUGAGGUCACAUCUGCGAUGUACGGUAGCUAA